AUGCGCAAGGGUCUCGUCGUACGAAGGUCGAGCACGGUUUCGUCACGCCUCCUGGGCGGUGGCAGGCAGGGAGGCUCGGCGUCGCUGCUGCGAUUGCCCAGACGGUCGAUCAUCACCGACAACCAGCCCAUUCGCACGCACGCGCAGGAAGAGGUCGCGUCGUCGAACGGCAGUUCAGGUGUGAUCAAGCGUAUCCUCGCCAUCGGCGUGGGUGCCGGUCUGGUCGUGACCGCUCUCACUCUGCCACUUGCCGAUGAGAUCACCAAUCGCGAAGAGAAACCGCUGGCACUGCUGGAGAAGCUGUUCACCAAGUACGCCAGCGCGGAGCGCAACGGCGUAAAGUUCAUGACGCGGCGGGACUUCAUCGCCUCCAUGAUGCCGCCCGACAGCGAGCUCGGGCCGGCGCUCGCCCUGGACACCUUCCGCGAGCUGUUCCCCACCGACGACACCCUCAUCUCCUUCUCCGAGUUCGUCCUCUUUGAUGCCCUCUCCUCUUCGACCAAGAAGGCCCUUGCCACCUCUUUCCAGGUCUUCGACACCGACUCUGACGGUCUCCUCGCCAAAGACGAGUUCCGCAAGGUGGUGGCGUCGACGGGCGUGGGUCCGCGCCUGAUGUUUGAUCUGGACGACCCGUACUGGGAGCGCUACUUCGGCAAGGACGGCAAGGGCAAGAUCAGCGAGGCUGAGCUUGGUCUCAUCUUUGGCUCGUUGAAGGAGGGCAUCCUGGCGCAGGAGUUCUCGCGCAACUCGUUCGAGAGCGACAAGAACGCGAUCCCGAUGGAGGCCUUUGCGCGCGUGCUGCUGGUCAACGCGCCCUCGACUCGCAUCCCCAAGCGCGUGGUGGACAACCUCAAGACCGUGAGCGCGGCGUUCAAGGACGCCUCGGUCACCUUCGAUCGAUUCCGCGAGUUCAACAUCUUCAUCUAUCGGCUGUCGGAAUUCGAGCGGGCGCUCAAGAUGGCGAUGGUGGCCAACUCGGGCAACAUCACGCGCGACGACUUCCGGCGCACCGCCCGAGUGUCCACUGGCGUCGAGCUCAACCCGUCCGAGAUCGAGCUCGUGUUCCACCUCUUCGAGGACCAGAACAAGCGCGGCAUGCUCGACUGCAACGCCUUCCUCGACAUCAUGGAGUUCAGGCGCGCCCGCCGGCUCUACGACAUCCAGCAGCUCAAGGUCAUCAAGCACGCCGUCAACCCCGGCCGCGCCAUGGUCAAGGCCAUGGAGAGCUUCGCCAUCGGCGGUUUUGCCGGCGCCAUCGGUGCCACGUUUGUGUACCCGAUCGACUUGGUGAAGACCCGCAUGCAGAACCAGCGCCGCACCAAGGGCGGCAUCGUGCCGCCGGGCCGCGUCAUCUACACGUCGUCGUGGGACUGCGCCGCCAAGGUCCUCAAGUACGAGGGCUUCAAGGGCUUCUACAAGGGACUGGGUCCCCAGCUGAUCGGUGUCGCUCCCGAGAAGGCCAUCAAGCUCGUCGUCAACGACUACCUGCGCUCGUGGUUUGGUCAGGUGCAGGGCGCCAAGCCUGGAGAGAUCUACUUCCCGCUCGAGGUUCUGGCCGGCGCCGGUGCGGGAGCCUCGCAGGUGAUCUUCACCAACCCGCUCGAGAUCGUGAAGAUCCGCCUUCAGGUGCAGGGCGAAACGCCCGGCGCCAAGAAGUCGGCCUACCAGAUUUGUAAGGAGCUCGGGUUCACAGGCCUCUAUAGGGGAGCGUCGGCGUGCUUCCUGCGCGAUAUCCCCUUCUCGGGCAUCUACUUCCCGGCCUACGCCAAGCUCAAGCAGUCGUUCAGGGACGAGGAGGGCCGCCUCUCCAACACCAACCUCCUGCUGGCCGGUUCGCUGGCCGGCGUCGCCGCCGCGUCGACCACCACCCCGGCCGACGUCAUCAAGACGCGAUUGCAGGUCGAGGCCAGGCUCGGCGAGGCCAGGUACAACGGCAUCCUCGACUGCUUCGUCCAGGUGCUUAAGUCUGAGGGUCCGACUGCGUUCUUCAAGGGAGUGGUGCCGCGCGUGUUCCGCUCGUCGCCGCAGUUCGGCAUCACGCUGCUGUCCUACGAGUUCCUCCAGGACAUGUUCCACCCGGAGGACAUCGUCGUGUCGGCACCCACCAACGCCCCCGUCGCCCAGGACGACAUCAAGCCCGCGCCCUCUGUCAUCCACCUCUCCGUCGCCGCCGCCGCUAAGGAGGAGGUCGAGGUCAAAUAA